AUGAGCGCUGUCCUCAACCAAGGUGCUGAAGAACACCCCACAGCAUUCUGCUACCAGGUGAAUGGGUCUUGCUCCAGGACAGUCCAUCCUCUGGACAUUCAGCUGGCCAUCUACCUGGCCUGUGCAGUAGGCAUGCUGAUUACAGUCAUAGGAAAUUUGUUUGUGGUGUUUGCUGUGUCCUACUUCAAAGUGCUUCACACUCCCACCAACCUCUUUCUGCUUUCCCUGGCCCUGGCUGACAUGUUUCUGGGUCUGCUAGUGCUGCCCCUCAGCACCGUUCGCUCAGUGGAGAGCUGCUGGUACUUUGGAGACUUCCUCUGCUGCCUGCAUACUUACCUGGACACCCUCUUCUGCCUCACCUCCAUCUUCCAUCUCUGUUUCAUUUCCAUUGACCGCCACUGUGCCAUCUGCGAGCCCCUGAUCUAUCCUUCCAAGUUCACAGUCAGGGUGGCCAUCAGGUACAUCCUGGCAGGGUGGGGGAUCCCAGCGGCUUACACUGCCUUCUUCCUCUACACAGAUGUGGUAGAAAAUGGACUCAGUCAGUGGUUGGAAGAGAUGCCUUGUGUGGGCAGUUGCCAACUGCUAUUCAAUAAGUUUUGGGGCUGGCUAAACUUUCCUAUGUUCUUUUUCCCCUGCCUCAUCAUGAUCAGCUUGUAUGUGAAGAUUUUUGUGGUUGCCACAAGGCAGGCUCAGCAGAUCAGCACCCUGAGCAAAAACCUGGCCGGGGCUGCCAAACGUGAAAGAAAAGCUGCCAAGGCCCUGGGCAUUGCUGUGGGCAUUUACCUCUUGUGCUGGCUUCCCUUCACCACCAUUGACACGUUGGUUGACAGCCUCCUUAACUUUAUCACACCACCACUGGUCUUCGACAUCUUUAUCUGGUUUGCUUACUUCAACUCAGCCUGCAACCCUAUCAUCUAUGUCUUUUCCUACCGAUGGUUCAGAAAGGCACUGAGACUCUGCCUGAGUGGGGAGAUCUUCUCAUCCCGGACACGCACUAUUGAUUUGUACCAAGAAUGA